CAAUUCCGAGGGCUUUCCGAACACGCUCUAAAUGAAAAGAAAAUUUCAUUAUUAGGAAGUGGCUCCCUCCCCCUCCCGUUUCUUUGAGAAACCCUAAACUCUCCCCCUUCAACAAAGAGAGAGAAAGAGAGAUAGAAAAACCCUAGCACCGAAUUGAUUUCUCGAAAGCUAACAAACCGGCAUACGUUGAUUACUUCCGAUUGACUCCAACUGCAAAAAGGCGGAAGGAAUUUAGGUUUUCUUUUGAGGAAUAAUGGGGAAGAAGAAGAAGAGAGCAUCCGAUAAAGUAUGGUGUUAUUAUUGUGAUAGAGAAUUUGAUGAUGAGAAGAUUUUGGUUCAGCAUCAAAAGGCUAAACACUUCAAAUGCCACGUUUGCCAUAAGAAGCUUUCCACUGCUGGUGGCAUGGCCAUUCACGUUCUUCAGGUUCACAAAGAGACCGUCAGCAAGGUACCGAAUGCCAAAGCCGGCAGAGAGUCAACAGAUAUUGAAGUAUAUGGAAUGCAAGGAAUCCCACCUGAUGUCUUAGCAGCUCACUAUGGAGAGGAAGAUGAUGAGGCCCCAGCAAAAACUGCCAAAGUGGACAUUCCAUCAUCCCAGUAUGUUGGUGGUGCAAUUCCAGGAUACCCUCCCCGGGCACCUUUUGGUGCAAUGCCACCACUCUAUAAUCCUGCUGUGCCAAUGCCUCCCGCUGGUUGGCCAGUCCCCCCUCGGCCCCAACCUUGGUAUCCGCAAUAUCCUGCUGUCUCGGUUCCACCUCCUGCACCAAUGGGUCUGCCGCAACAACCAUUAUUUCCUGUGCAAAAUGUGAGGCCUCCAAUGCCAGCUAUUGCACCACCAACGCUUGUCGGUCCUCCAGGCCUCCCAGCAUCUAACACACCUGUUCCCGUGUCUCAGCCCUUGUUUCCUGUUGUUCCUAAUAACAACAACCUUGCCCAAAGUUCACCAUUUUCAGCGCCAAUGCUGUCAACAAGUGUGCCAUUGAGCUCUGCAGCUGAUGCAAAGAGCUUAAUUGACCCAAACAUGGGCAACAACACUCCUGCCACCAUUGGUUAUCAGAUUUCAGGGCUGACACUUUCGACAUGGUUCUUGUUGGGGAUUUACUUAUUGCCAAUUUACUGUUGUGACACCAGCACUGUGCCAUUGUUACUGCUUAUUGUUAUUGCUUUUCCUUCUGCUUUCUG